GCACGGGACGGGGACGGGGACCCGGGACCCCUCACCCCGGGCUGUCCGCUGCCCCCGUCCCCCUGGCCCCGGGGAGCAGUGUGGGGUGGAGUGAGCAUCCCUUUGUAACAUCGGUGCCCGCUCCCUGUCUGUCCCAACACGGAAUAUGACAUGUUCCUCCUCCAGGCAUCGGGUGGUUUGGCGGUAGACAAGGCCCAGGAUCUGUUUGGAAGUUCUGCCGUCUGGAGUCCCUGAGUUAGGCCUGGUACUCAUCUAUCAACUGAAUAGAGUUUAUGAGUCAACAUUAUGGCAUUGAGCCAUUCCAUUAAAGAACGAACAAUUGCAGAGAACAGCCUCAUCAUACUUCUCCAGGGGAUACAUAAUCAUGUUACCACUGUGGAGCUUAGGGACGAGAGCUCCGUGAAGGGUCGCUUUGUGAACGUUGAUGCAUUCAUGAACAUCCGGCUAGCUGAGGUUACAUAUACUGAUAGACAGGGCAGAGUGUCGAACUUGGAUGACUUCUUUGUGACUGGCAGAAAUGUACGUUAUGUUCACAUCCCAGAUGAGAUUGAUAUAAUUGAGACUGUUCAGAGCCAACUGCAGAAAAUCCACCAAGUGCGUAACUUUGGAGGGAAAGGUCGAGGGAGAAGAGAAUUUCCAUCAAAAAAGUAGCAAUGAUGUGCCAUCACAGCUCAGUGAUGCAUGUGGGACAUAAAGGAUAAUGUCAGAACUCGGUGAUGUUGGGGUUUGGACAGUGCAGUGUUUGGGGUGUAUGAGGACUGGAUGGUAUAUGGCAAGUGUGGACAUCAGGAGUGGGUGGGGAAUAUGAGGACUGUAGUGUUUGAGAGACUGAUUAACAGGACUAAGUGGUGUGUGGAGGGGUGGAUACCAUGACUGGUGUUUGGGGUUUUGUGUGUGAAUAUAAUGACUGUGCACUGGAGGCUUGGUUAUCCAAACUUGAUGUUUUGGUGGGGGGAGGGGGAGGGGGAUGGUGUUGGGUAUGUGAACUGAUUGCUUUUUUUCAGGGUAAUUAGAUAGUCAAAUUGGGUGGUGUUUGGAGAGAGUGGAUAUCAGGGCUGGAGAGUGGGCAUCUGAUUUGGGGGUAUUGCAUGGGACUGGAGUUGAUAUCUGGAUUCAGUGACGUUUGGGGAGUGUGGUGAUCAGGAGUGAUUUGUGUUUAGGGUGUGGCUAUCAGGACAGUGUGGUGUUUGGGCACUGGACAUCAGGGCUUAGUGGAGUAUGGUGACUGGUCACUGUGGGAUUUGCCUGCCCAGUUGGUCUGAUAUGCUUGGCAAGAAUGGCUGCAAUCCUUAUUACCAUGUUGGAAGCUUCGCACUCCAGUGAGGAAUGGGUGGGUCAGUUGAAUUCCAGAGCAGUACUGAGAGGGAGCUGUGUUGUUGGAGUUACCAUCUUUGAAACAUCAUACCACAGUAUCAGCUGUUUCAGUGGUCAUUGUGCCAGUUCAGCUCCCUUGGCAGUUUUGGAAGAAUGGAAAUUACUAGUUCCUGUACAGAUUCUACAUAAACAUUGAUUUUAUCUUGGAAUCUUGCUGUGUUGAACAGCUGCUACAUCCCACAACAGAUCAGUGACUUGCACUUCAAAUUCCAUGUAUUUCUUCAGAUGCAUUCUAAGUUAUCUUUGAGAUGUGGAAGGAUGAUAUACAAAUACAAGUGCUAUCACAAACAUU